CAUCAGAACAACCACCAACAAUCCGAGGUUUAUCUAUUUGAUGGCGGGAAGCAACGCAUAAGAGUGCAUCAUGCAUGGCGCAAACUUAUCGAUACCCUCAUUGGGGUUCGUCGAUUUGCCGGUCGAAAUCCAAAACCACAUCCUCCAGGCGCUCGCCUCCUCACACCCCGCAUCGAUCUGCGCCGUCCUUCCCACAUGCAAACAUCUCUACAAAAUCGCUCUACCACUCUCAGUCCGAACUUAUGAGAGCGCAGCCGGCCCAAAGAACACAAGCCAGUACGCGCAGAAGCGCAGCCGCAACCUCGACUUCCUGCGUUACAUCACCAUCACCAAGCCUGAGCUCGCACAACAUGUGCGCCGCAUUACCAUCAAACAUGUCUCCACCAGCCUCAUUUACCGCACUGCCCCAUCAAGCAAGAAACCCUUGGGUCCCGAAAGCGAUGAGAUUGGCGUGUACACCAACAUGAUUGACGCAUCGGGCCUCUCCGACCACGUCGAAGACUGGGAGGCCGUGCGACACGAAUGGCUUCGGGGCCUCGCCGACGGCUUAGUCGAGCAGCAGAUUGGCCUCAUGUUUCUCGCAUGCCCCAAGAUUCAGGUCCUCGAAUUGGGAACGCCGCUCGCGCCUCGGUUGCUACCUCGCUUGAUCAAGGCCGCGGCAUUGCACGGGAGGAGCAUGAAGGCCCCAUUACUCCAUCACUUGCGAGAGUACUGCGGCGAACCAGAGAUGCCCAAGAGUCUUUUCCACUUCUUCAACAUUGGGAAGGAAUUCCUACAACUACCUCAGUUACGGACGUUCACGUGCGCGAGUUUAUCGAGCAGUGGCCCAAACGGGCACCUCUUCGACGAGAACGCCAAUCCGCCCAGGUCUUCAAACGUUCAAAAUCUUACUUUGCUAGAUGCAAACAUUACACAAGAGGGACUUGGCACAGUCAUCCGUGCUUGCAGAGAGUUGAAGUCGUUUCGCUGGACCCCAGGCGACAGCAGUUUCCUAGAUAUGCAGAUCAAGCUACAGGACCUAGCCCAAGCUCUGUCGCCGCAUCGAGAUACUCUCGAAGAUUUGCAUAUCGACUACCAAGGUCAGUGGCGCAAUCAAGAAUGGUACGUCGAACUAGACGGCUUCUUCAUCGGUACAUUCCUACGAGAGAUGGUUUCGUUGAAGACGUUGCACAUCGGGAUGGAGGCUUUCACUGGCUUUACCGAUCUUUGGACGGUCCCAAGCCUUUACAACAACUUCAGUCCAGAAGAAAAGGAGUUGGAGUUGAAGAGAGCUCCGCGACUCAUCAAUCAUAUACCUCAUAAUCUUGAGAGCCUCGAGCUAUACGGGUGCACCGAGGAGAUACUACCUCACGUCCGUCAACUCGUGGACCUGCACCAGAUUGGCGAACGAUGUGCGAGCUUGCGGAAGCUCCGGCUACGUUUUAACGCAGAAAUGGUUGAUCCCAGUAAAGUGAGCCUGAAGUACGAUGAAAAGUUGAGUCGCCUAGACUUGGAAAUUACGUACGACCGUCUGAGUUGAAGAUGCCUGAAGGAUUUCAAGGGAUGAUCUACGUUAUAGGCUACUGUAGACUUCAUCGUUGAAUCGAACAAAGCCUACUCAUCGAGCUAGGCUAGAAGACGUCUGCGUAUCAAAACCGCGUUAUAGUAGCACCGAAUAUACACUGGUCCGAUACCCGACUCCCUUGCCUUGCAAAGCGAAACCACGCAACUGCUGGAUAGGCAAUUAGCUCAAUCCGAGCUCAUCUGCUGCUGAUACUGUACAUGAUUAUGACCGGAGCCUUUGAUCUUCGCUCAAGAAACCCAUGCAUGAUUCUUUUGAGGGCAUUCCAGGUCUUGCAGCUUGCGCCAUCUGCAAGGUCUUUUUGUCAGCAGGG